AUGGACGAGAAUAUUCUCCACAGUUUGGCAUCUCAGAGGUCGCAAGAGUGCCAACUAAUGGAUCUGACCCUGGGCAGGCUGGCGAAAUUGCACGAGGCUGAAGUCGCCAUUCUGGACGACCUGUACCGAGCAGACCGGUGGCGCUGGACCCCCGAGCAUGGUCUGCAGGUAGGACUCCCUCAGGACCUGCAAGUUCGAUGGUUCUCGCGCGAAUCGGUCUGGGACUUGCAGAACCGAGUUCGCCCAUUGACUCUUCCUGACGGUGACCCGGACCUGAACGCGCAUCGACGCUUGGAAAAGCAAGAAUAUGUGUGGCUUUUAUCGCAGAUGCUACACUACAAGUUGGGGUUCGCACUGACUCCUGUCGAUGCCGCGGCCAGGAUUGCGACCGCCCUCCGCACUGGCAACGUACAACAGCCACGCAAACUUAAGCAUCGGGCGCAGAAACUAAGAGAAGAGUACCAAGCUUAUCAUAAUCUUCGGAACACAGAGUUGCAACAAUUAGGCUCAGCCGUCAAUCUGCAAACAAGCCUUGUUGAAGAUGGACCAGAAGGAGAAAACGGAAUCGAAGACGGUGCGUCUGAUGACGGGACAGGUCCGGCACACUUUUCGGUUGAAUCUGGUUUGAAGAGGCCCUUGGAGUCAGAGAACAUGAGAGCCAACAAAGAGGCCGUUGCCCUCGGUCCUUUCGACAGAGAUAACAGUAUUAACGUCAAUGGAGCAGACCUGUAUGAAGGGGAGACGACCGUCACGGUCUCCGCCACGCGCCACAGUCAGGCCCAGGCAGCCAUGAGAUCAAACCUGUCCAAUCCAGCAAGAAGACCAUGGGUUUCUCACUUUCAAACCCUUCUGAAGGCCUUCGACUCGCUCCCGUCAAAACCACGUGGAGUUCCGUACAGUGAGCAAAACGGUACAGAGAAGUCCGCGCAGGGAGCCCGGCCUCUCACUUCUCUAGGAAGAGACGCACCAGCUCCGUCCAAGAGCAAAAAGGCUGCAAGUUCUGGAGUUAUGAGUGAGAGGGUGAACACAGACAGCACAAAAUCCUUCACUGCUCGACCUCACAAGCCUCGCUCUUCGGUCGACGCCUUGGCUUCACUAGAGAAUGCUAUUCAGCGACAAAUUCGAAGGAGGCCACCUGCCCUGGAGGGAGCUGACCGUUGUCCCAGUGAGGAGCCAGGGACUGAGAGCUUUCAGUGCAACGUCUUGCAAAAGCAACAUAAAGCCGAAACACCCUUCCCUCGGACUGGGGCGAACUGUUUGGCGGGCAAAAAUACAGGCCCACGGAUCUCCGAACCAGACACUACUGGCCUAUCUCAUUCCGAGGAUACUGCGCCAUGCAUCACGGAGCUGGAGCAAGUACCUCAAUCAAGAAAUCACCCUCCCAUCUAUAUUGUUAUCGAGGACUCGGACAGCGAGCAACCACCACAGCAUUAUCAACGGGAUAAAAUAACUUCAUCGUCAAGGUUGAAAAGGAGAAAGCCCCGUGUCAAGGUUGUGAAUAACUUGGGUACCGCUGAUCCAGGUAGAUCCAUCUUUUCAAUGCCACGUAGUGAUGUUGAUGGCGAUGAUGGCUCUCGACUGUUCAGUCCACAGGGAAGCUCAUCGAGUGUGCCGCCGAGGAUCAGUGCCAGAUUCCUUCAAACAAAAAGAUCGGCCGUGAAUCCCGGGAACAGAAUCAAAAAUAAGAUACCUGCUACAGUACGAAACAGUAUGCAAAAUGUCUCAUCCGACCGGGGGAAUCGGCGCGGGAUGCAAUCUGGAGAUGCUUGCACGUCAAAAGCGCAUCCCAAUGCUGCGAUAGAUACAAUCCCAGGGAAAGAUUCAGAAGCACCUAAGGCCACCGGCUUCGAGGAGAGUGCUACAGACUGGUCCCCGGGUAACUUGAACCAGGAAGACCAAGAAAAUCAAUCAAUGAGAAUGAUUCCUGACGGAAGCCACCAGGGGGCCGAAAAGGGAGCUCGAAGAAGAGGUUGCGAAUCAAGCAAUAUAUACCCUCCGAGAUCGAUCACUGGGUCGAACACUAUGCUAUCCAACAUCGGAAGAGCCUCAUCACCACCGAAGCGGAAUCUUUCUGCGUGCGCACAGCCCUUGUUCCUCCAGCAAGAGACUCGCAAAAUGGGCAGAAACGAAACGGAGAGUCAUUACAAUACACGAUCGUACAAACGAGUCCGCGCAUGGAAGAAGAAACCGCCAAAAAAGCCAAAGUGCCCAAAGCAACAGCCACGAAUGGCUGAAACCACAUUGGCAGUCUCUGACAUCUAUGCCCAAGUCGACACGGGUCGGAAAAACAUUGACGAGGUCGUCGACGAGCUGCGGCACAGUUCUCAGACAUUUGCGACGAGCUUUCAAACUCCACGCAAAACCAAACGAUCCCACUCUACGGCGUUCAACGAGGUUAGUGUCUCUUUCAAGCGCGGCAAGGGGAGACCGAACAGGGAUAACACGACAUACGAACUAAUGAAAGGAACAACCCCAGGAGCGCCAAAGAGCCCCAUACCACGAGCCGACGACGUAACCAUAUUUCCUAGACUAGAGUAUCUCAUGGGAUGUGACGAGAACGGCGUCCCUGCGAGACGUGCGGCUUUCCGUCGACCAACUCCUCUCACUCACACCAUCCGCAAUCAAGUAGGCGAACCCCUCCCCCGCGAGGAGACGCCCCUUGAGGAACUCCUCAGAUGUGACCAAGAGCGGCGGCGGCGGGAUCCAAAGACGAAAGCAAAUUUCUGGGGCCGAUUUCCCAAGCCAUCUCCUUGGAGGAGCGGGAAAGGUGUCUGGUGCAAGCCAGUCAACUCGACAACAAUGCCUUUCAGGGGAUUUGGGCCAAGGAGACCACGGACAACGGGAUGA